CGACCCCUCCGGAGGCUCCGGGUGCUCCAAGUGCCUCGGUGAGCAGCGGGACGGGGGUCGGUGCCCGCCUGCAGCCGCCUCGCCCGGACCCCCCGCGCUGCCCCUCGGGCGGGCGAGUCCUUUUCUCCUGAGAAGAGCCCGACCAGGUGAUCAAAAUAGAGACCCUCAAGGUGACGGUCGACUUCUUGAAGGUGCCCCUGGGCCUGAAGAAGCCCGCCCUGAAGGAGGCCCUGCCCGCCGUCCCGGGGCCGGGCAGACCCAAAGCCCUGGAGCGGCACAAGCCCCGGCGCUCCGACAACAUGGACAAUGAGUCGCAGUACUCGGGAUAUUCCUACAAAUCCGGCCAUUCCCGCAGCUCCCGCAAGCACAGGGACCGGCGGGACCGGCACCGCUCCAAAAGCCGGGACGGGAGCCGGGGGGAUAAAUCCGUGACCAUCCAAGCGCCGGGAGAGCCCCUCUUGGACAACGAGUCCACCCGGGGGGACGAGAGGGACGACAACUGGGGCGAGACCACCACAGUGGUGACGGGGACGUCGGAGCACAGCAUCUCCCACGAUGACCUCACCCGCAUCACCAAGGACAUGGAGGACAGCGCCCACCUGGACUGCUCCCGGCACCUGGGCGUGGCGCUGGCCGGGGCGCUGGCGCUGCUGGCCUUCCUCACCCCCCUGGCCUUCCUGCUGCUGCCCCAGCUGCUGUGGCGGGAGGAGCUGGAGCCCUGCGGGACGCCCUGCGAGGGGCUCUUCAUCUCCGUGGCCUUCAAGCUCCUCAUCCUCCUGCUGGGCAGCUGGGCCCUGUUCUUCCGCCGCCCCAAAGCCUUCUUCCCGCGCGUCUUCGUCUUCCGGGCGCUGCUCAUGGUGCUGGUCUUCCUGCUGGUCGUGUCCUACUGGCUCUUCUACGGCGUCCGGAUCCUGGACUCGCGGGACCGCGACUACCGGGGCGUGGUGCAGUUCGCCGUGUCGCUGGUGGACGCCCUGCUCUUCGUGCACUACCUGGCCGUGGUGCUGCUGGAGCUGCGCCAGCUCCAGCCCCAGUUCACCCUCAAGGCCGUUCGCUCGGCCGACGGCGCCAGUCGCUUCUACAACGUCGGGCACCUCAGCAUCCAACGAGCGGCCGUGUGGAUCCUGGAGAACUACUACCACGACUUCCCGGUCUACAACCCCGCCCUGCUCAACCUGCCAAAAUCCGUCCUGUCCAAGAAAAUGUCCGGGUUUAAGGUCUAUUCCCUCGGCGAGGAGAACUCCACCAACAACUCGACGGGGCAGCCCCGGGCCGUGAUCGCGGCGGCCGCGCGGCGCCGGGACAACAGCCACAACGAGUUCUACUACGAGGAGGCCGAGCACGAGCGCAGGGUCCGCAAGCGCCGCGCCAGGUACGGGGCUGGCACCGGCAGAGGGGGCACGGGGGGCUCGAGGCUGCAAAAAAAGAGAAACCCCCGAGGCUGAGCCACGGGAAGGCGACAUUCCCGUGUCAUUCCCGUGUCAUUCCCGUGUCAUUCCCGUGUCAUUCCCGUGUCAUUCCCGUGACAUUCCCGUGUCCCUUCCCUCCCCAAGGCGUUCCUGGAGCGGUACCUGACGGCCGGGCCCACCAUCCAGUACCACAAGGACCGCUGGCUGGCCAAGCAGUGGACGCUGGUCAGCGAGGAGCCGGUCACCAACGGCCUCAAGGACGGCGUGGUCUUCGUGCUCAAGCGCCAGGACUUCAGCCUGGUGGUGAGCACCAAGAAGAUCCCCUUCUUCAAGCUCUCGGAGGAGUUCGUGGACCCCAAGUCGCACAAGUUCAUCAUGAGGCUGCAGUCGGAGACCUCGGUGUGAGCUGAACAGGGCUGGCAGAGGGGGUCAGCUGGGAGACCCUCCCCGCUCCCCUCCGGCCCCGCCGGGGCUCGGGGAGGUCACCUCGGGGGGUGACCUCAGGGGGGGUCACCUCGGGGGUCAAGGACCCGAAGGACCUUGGGCAGAACUCCGGGAAGCGGCUCCGGCACCCGCCCGGGCUCGUGGUCACCCGCCCUCCGCCCCGGGGUGGGCUCAGCCCCUCUUCCUCCUCCUCCUCCUCCUCCUCCUCCUCCUCCCCCCUGAAACCCAGGGCCUUGUAGCCUCUCCCCAGGGGAAGGAGCAGCGCCGGUGACUCGGUGCCACCACUCAAGGGCUAAUCCCAAACCUUCCUCACCAGCGUCCCCCGGGUCCCGCCGGGAUCUUCUGCUCUUGCCUCCCCCUUUUCUCCCCGUCCUGGCUCUGGCCUUAAACCACUUCCAGCCCGGCCUUUGGGGCUGCUUUUUUAACCCUAGAGAGAUUUUUUAUGUUGUUUUUAGGGGCGGGGGUGGAGUAUUUUUGUGAACGCCUCCACACUCUGUGGCUGCUACAAAAAACUUCCCCGUGGCAUUCCAGGACACUCCAGGCUGGAGGAGCCUCCUCCUCCUCCUCCUCCUCCUCCUCCUCGCCUCUGCUGGUGGUUUUUUAGCAGAUCUGCUUUUUUUCCAGAGGAGCAGAAGGUCGGGUUUGGGGUUUUCACGUGGGUUCUGCCGCUCCCGAGCUGACCCCACAUUCCCGCUUCCAGCAGCACCUCCGUGGGGCUUCCCGGGGUCCUUGGAGCUGGAAUUGCAGGAAAAGCAGCUUAAAACAUCUCCUGGGGUCCAGCCCUGGACCUACAGCUCCGAGAGGCUCCUGGGAGGGGUCAGCAAGGUCCUUAAUUAACGUCCCUUGGGUGUGGAGUGGCCCGUGGCCACCCCACGGAAUUCCCACCUUGUCGGGACCUGAAAAACCUUUUGCCUUCUCCUGGUUUCUGUUAAAGGUCUCAAAUACCUCAUGGGUUUAUUUUCACCUUUUUUUUCAUGUUUUCCCACAUCCAGGGGCACCAGUGGGAGUCUGGGGCUGGUCCCUGCGGGGUCGGUUUGCUCGGGGAGGGGCCGAUUUCCCCCCGAGGAGGCUCGAGCCGGGUCGGAUUUGGGGGUUGUUUUAUCCUAAAAAAAGCACUAAAAGGGUGUGAAUUUGGGGGGGGGGAGGGGGAGGGAGGGGCUUCCCCAGCAGCACCAGUAGCAAAGUCCCGGUGCUGGAGGGGUCCUGUGGGGUCCAACCCCACCCAAGCACUCACUGCCCGGGCUUGGCUUUCCCGAAUUCCAGGGAAUCUCCGUUUUGGGGGAAUUUCUGACCCCCUCCUGCCGCUCCCCUCUUGAGGCCGAAGGACCCAACUCCACCCCCCCCGGUGGGAGCCCGUUUUUGGGGUGUUUCGGGGGGUUUUCCUACAAAAAAAAGACCGAAGGGUCGGCCCAGGGAGGGGGGAUUUUUCCACUCGGGAGUUUUAAGAAGAAGAAGAAAAAAAAGCCUUUUUUUGGGGUCCGUUUUCGGGGUUGGUUUGAUUCCUCUCAGCAGAGCCCAGACCUUGUGCAUGCGUGUAGAAAGUUGUAAAAUGUAAAAUUGUUUUUUAAUAUAUAAAAGAAAAAAAAAGCUCGUUUUUACAGUUUUGCAGUGGGUCGGAAACUGUCCCGGCAGUGGUAGAAGUUUGGUUGGUGUUUGGUUGGUUUUUUGUUUUUUUGGUUUUUUUUUUUUUUU